CCAACAUUAACUUUCCAACCAAAUUAUUUUAAAUGAAUCGUAUCGUAAUUGUUUGUCAAUCUAUGUUAAAAUCACAAUGGUUACUAGCUUUGUAGAAAUAAUGUUGGACGGACGUAUUUAAAAUGUUAAAAAGCCAAUACUACAUAGGUUUCGUGUUUUUAGCUAUUCAAAUAAAAGGACUUGACGGUACCUUGGUAGACCUUAACGAAAUAAAAAAUCAUGUUAUGCAAUGGAAGCACCAACACUUGCUUAAUCUGAGUGAGGUUGCAGUGGCCCCAAACGGUAUAUUUGAUUUAAGCGAUGUUAAAAACAAAUUAUUGCAAUGGAAAACACAAAAAUUAACAUCAUUGUGUCCAUCAAACGGGCAAAAACUACAAUAUUUAUUGAAUUUAGUAUGCAGUACAGCACAACCUACGAACGUUACAAAUCGAGAUGCAUGUAUCUCUUGCUUCUCUAGGGUCACAUCUAUGCCAGAGGGACCUCAAGAAUUGAAUUCUCUAAGUGUUUGUGCUGUCCAAUAUUUUGCGAAUACGUCGUAUGCUGGAUGCGCCACGGCCCUAAUGGCCUUAUCAACAUCAGCUCUUAAUGUACAACCGUCAGGAUGCUAUAUGGGAUAUUGUGAUUUUGUUCGCUGCUUGAGGAGAGCUAAUUCAGUUAACCUGAUAACCCAAUGUACGAGAGAAGCUAGAACCGGUGUAAACAUUACUCUAGACAAUGACAAUGUACGGUUUUAUACAAAUGUCACAUCUUGCAUAUUAGCGAAAACUAGAUGUGGUCCUUUUAACCCCAUAACGGGAGAGCCUCAAACGCCAGGUUACACGUCGACCGGGAUAAGAGUGAGCAACGCACUUCAGUUUUCAGACAAUGGGGAACUCAGAGUAUUGGCAUUUUCUACAGCUACACCCGUAUCGUCAUCUUUUUGCUCUGCAAUGAAUAAUUUAACCCAAACAAAUUGGCUGACAAACGUAUGCUAAGCCAUUUUUAUUUGUGCAAGAUUAUUUUUUUACCUGUUGUUACUUGCCUUGGUCCUCUAGAAAUUAUAACUAGGAUUUAGCGCGUCAAUUGGCAAUUUUAUUGAACAGUAAGGGAAAGAGCUGUAAUUAAAAAUUGGCGCAAGGCUUAUUUUGAAAAUGUAAUCAUAGUUUAAAAAUAGUGAUAGUCUGAUAAUUUCUAAAAUAAAAUAAAGAAUUUAAACAAAUAGUGUUUGUUGUUUUGAAGAGCAAAAUAAAUUGGAUGUGAUUUAUUUAGACGAGACUUACAUUCACGGUUCUUGUUCUGUGAAUCAGAGUUGGCAAAGCAAACAUAAUAUUGCAGGUCCAUCUAAAAGUAUUUCAGUACAGGUCAACAAGUGCAUCUGCUGACUACCACCACGAUAUGAAUAAAAACAAUUUUACAAAAUGGGUGACAGAGAAGUUAAUUCCAAAUUUAAUAAAACCUUCAUUAAUUGUUAUGGAUGAUGCUAGUUAUCAUUCCGUAGGUACGUAUGAACAAACAGCCCACACAAACCAAUCGUAUCGCUGUUAUAAAAGAAUGGCUCCGUACAAAUGAUUUACAUUAUGAUGAUGUUUGAAAACAUGUCUGCGCCCUUAUAUGAGAUAGAUGAAGUAUUAAAAUUGAACGGUCAUGAGGUUUUUAUCAUUGCACAUUGAAUCCCAUAGAAAUGAUUUGGAGUAUAAUGAAGCAAAAAGUUGUUGAUAUAAAUAUAAAUAGACCUGCAAGUGACAUAAAAUUAUUAUCAGAAGAAGCUUUCUCACAAAUUGGUGCAGAGGAUUGGAAAAAUGUUGUGAACAUGAAAAGAAAAUUGAAAACGAUUUCAUCAAGCAAGAUAUAAUAAUUGAAAUGCUGGAGGAGCGAUUUAAAAUAAACACCUCUUUAUCUCCUGAUGACAAACAAGAAAAGCAAGUGGAGUUCUUGCAAUCGUUUUCUAGUUCUGGAUGAGGUUUUAAGUUAUAUAAUAGAUUUCUACAUAAAGUAA